GCGAGUAUUGCGACCAGUGCGCUGGCGUGAUCGUGGCGCUCGUCCACCUCUGGUACACCUGCCAGGGGUGCGGCCUGCACGCGCACGCCGCCUGCCUGGAGGCGGUGCGGCGCAACUGCGCCGUGGAGCGUGUGCAGGAUGAGCCCGAGUACGACCUGCGCAUCUGCCCGGAGCGCGGCCUCUCGCAUCAGCAGUUCAAGUGCGCCGAGUGCGGCCGCCGGGUCAUGCCAGAGCCCGACUACCAGAUGACGGGGCUGCCCAGCGGGGAUCCCAGCGUGUACAGCCCGCGGCUCUGCGACUACACGGGCCUCUACUUCUGCUCCGUCUGCCACUGGGAUGACCGCGCCGUCGUCCCUGGCCGCGUCAUCCACAACUGGGACUUCGACAAGUACUCGGUGUCCUGUGGCACGAGACAGUACCUGGAGCUGAUGUGUGGCAAACCAGUCCUGGACGUGGAGAAAGCCAACCCGUUCCUCUUCAACUUCGUCGACGAGCUUCGGCACGUUAAGAAGCUGCGGGAGGAGAUGAUGCUGAUGAAGCAGUACUUCCUGUCGUGCCGCGCCGCGCUUGAGUCGCGCAUACUACUGGCGUUCGGCGGCCGGCAGUACUUCGUCGAGUCCUCGCACCUGUACAGCAUGCGCGACCUAAUGGAGGUGCGCUCGGGCCAGCUACUCGCCUUCCUGCUGGCCGUCCACGCCAAGUUCGCCAAACACAUCCGCGAGGAGGCGAUGCCACGCGUGGAGGGCAUGAUGGCUUGCGCCUGA